CUGCAGCCUCAGCGAGCAGAGCAGCAACUAUCAGCACCCAUCUUCAGACUUAAACUCUACCAAGGACUAAAACAUGGCACCCUCACUGCAGCAGAGUAUGAAUGACCUCAUCAACUUGUUCAGGUCCUACUCUGGAAAGGGGGGAGACAAAUACAAGCUGAACAAAUCUGAGCUGAAGCUCCUGUUACAGGAGGAACUGAGCGAUUUCCUGGCUGCCAGCAAGGAUCCCUCUGUUGUGGAUGAAUUCAUGCUUCAGCUGGAUCAAGACAGGGAUGGAGAAGUGGAUUUCAAAGAGUUUGCCUACACGGUUGUUUCAUUCACUGUCGCCUGCCAUGAAUCCUUGUGAUGACAUG